AUGAAGAGUAUCAGCUUAAGAAGACUCACAUUUAUGCUUUUGGUAGCAUUUCUGGUGUGGUCUUCAAGUAUAGAAACCUGCAUUGCUCGAAAAGGCAAGCAUUGGAGGCAGACAAGACAUGCUGCUGCAGUUUCACUGUUUAAGAAAACAAAAGAUAGUCACGGUCAAGGUCAUCACAAUUACCAUAAUGGAGGAUCCGAGCCUAAAUCCCCUCCGCAUAAAUCUACUCCGCCGUCUCCAAAGGCUAAAGUUCCUCCACCUCCUAAGCCUAAAGUGAAAGUCCCUUUGACUCCGCCGCCACAGAAAGGGAAGCAGUCUAAGGUCUUCGACGUGCUGCAUUUUGGUGCCAAGGGUGAUGGGAAACUGAUGACACCAGUUUAUUGUGGCACUCAUCUAUUCUCUGUUUAUGGUGCAAAGCAGGCAUUCCAAGCCGCAUGGGCAGCUGCGUGUAAGGUGGAAGCAUCGACAGUAGUUGUUCCGGCCGAAUCCAUCUUCCUAGUAGGACCCAUUUCGUUCUCCGGUCCUUACUGUCAAGCAAACAUUGUAUUUCAGCUGGACGGUACAAUUAUUGCUCCGACAGAUUCUCAACCAUGGGGCAAAGGUAUAUUACAAUGGCUUGAAUUCACAAAGCUGAAAGGCAUAACAGUUCAGGGAAAAGGUAUUAUUGAUGGAAGAGGAUCAGGGUGGUGGCAAGAUGCACCAUAUGAAGAUCCAUAUGAUGAUGAAGAAAAACUCAUAAUCCCAUUAAACAGAACAGUUCAAGAAAGGCCACCGAUGCCGAUCAGAAAUGAACUCAAUGGGAAAAUGCCAAACAUCAAACCAACUGCACUAAGGUUUUAUGGGAGCUUUAAUGUGACAUUCACCGGCAUAACCAUUCAAAACAGUCCCCAAUUCCAUCUGAAGUUUGAUAAUUGCAUUGGAGUUGUGGUGCACGAUAUGGCCAUCUCAUCUCCGGGGACAGUCCUAAUACAGAUGGAAUCCACCUACAGAACUCCAAGGAUGUGCUAAUUCAUGGCACUAAUCUUGCCUGCGGAGACGAUUGUAUUUCGAUACAAACAGGAUGCUCAAACAUAUACAUUCACAAUGUGAACUGUGGACCAGGGCAUGGAAUCAGCAUUGGAAGCUUGGGGAAGGAUAAUACAAAAGCCUGUGUCUCAAACAUUACUGUCCGAGAUAUUAUCAUGCAUAACACAAUGAAUGGUGUCAGAAUAAAGACAUGGCAGGGGGGAUCGGGCAAUGUUCAGGGGGUUCUGUUCUCAAACAUUCAAGUUUCUGAGGUCCAACUUCCAAUUGUGAUUGAUCAAUUUUAUUGUGACAAAAGAACAUGUAAGAACCAAACGGCUGCAGUCUCUCUAUCGGGAAUCACCUAUGAAAGAAUAAGAGGAACAUACACAGUAAAGCUGUACACUUAGCCUGCAGUGACAGCCUUCCAUGUAUAGGCGUCACUUUAUCUUCCAUUCAGCUGAAGCCUCUGCAGGAAAGCUACCA